ACGCACAGCCUCUGGGCCUUCCUUUCCAAGGCGUAUCGGAGAGGGGUGUCGCUCAUCCUAUGACGCGGAAACAAAGACGACUAUAAGGAUCAGGAGACGGGAAGCACUGAAGGACGCAGUCUCUGGCCCUGUAUUUUGGGAAUUGAACGGACAAUGGAAACUGAAAGUGGAAAUCAAGAAAAGGCAAUGGAAGAGGAAAGCACCGAAAAGAAAAAGGAAGUAGAAAAAAAAAAAAGGUCUCGAGUUAAACAGGUGCUUGCAGAUAUUGCUAAACAAGUGGACUUCUGGUUUGGAGAUGCAAAUCUUCACAAGGAUAGGUUUCUUCGAGAGCAGAUAGAAAAAUCUAGAGAUGGGUAUGUCGAUAUAUCACUUCUCGUGUCAUUCAACAAAAUGAAAAAAUUGACCACUGAUGGAAAGUUAAUAGCCAGAGCACUGAAAAGUUCAGCUGUUGUAGAGCUGGAUUUAGAAGGCACCAGAAUCAGGAGAAAAAAGCCUCUGGGUGAAAGACCAAAGGAUGAAGAUGAGCGAACCGUAUAUGUGGAGUUACUUCCCAAAAAUGUUAAUCACAGCUGGAUUGAAAGAGUAUUUGGGAAAUGUGGCAAUGUUGUUUAUAUAAGUAUACCACAUUAUAAGUCUACUGGAGAUCCAAAAGGAUUUGCCUUUGUGGAAUUUGAAACAAAAGAACAAGCAGCAAAAGCUAUUGAGUUUCUUAAUAACCCACCAGAAGAAGCACCAAGGAAACCUGGUAUAUUUCCUAAGACAGUAAAAAAUAAGCCCAUUCCUGCCCUUAGAGUAGCCGAAGAAAAGAAAAAGAAAAAGAAGAAGAAAGGCCGAGUCAAGAAGGAAGACACCCAGACCAAAGAGUCAGAUAUGGACACAAGCAAGGAAAGUGUCUGCAAAGUAAAAAGAUCCAGGACCACAUCUGAGGGCUCUGAAGUAGAGACUACUGAACCCCAAAAGCCACCCUCAAAGAAAAGGAAAAAACGGGAAAGAGCUGAAGUCUCGAGCUUACCUUCAGUCAAAACAGGGAAGAGGAAGCGAAGCAGCUCUGAAGAUGCAGAUUGCCUAGCUCCCAAAUCAAAAGUUAAAAAAAUGGCUCCAAAAGACAACAUUAAAAAAGAAGCUUCAGAAGUUUGCAAAGAAAGCAAAGAAUUAGAAGUCUCUACUGAGGAGGAAAAGGAUACUGGAGACAUAAAAGACGGAUCCCUCUUAAAAGCAAAAAGGAAGCAUAAGAAAAAACAUAAAGAGAGGCAUAAGAUGGGAGAAGAGGUUAUACCAUUAAGAGUACUAUCAAAGAGCGAAUGGAUGGAUUUGAAAAAAGAGUAUUUAGCGCUGCAAAAAGCCAGCAUGGCUUCUUUAAAAAAGACAAUAUCCCAAAUAAAAUCAGAGUCAGAAAUGGAAAGAGACAAUGGAGUACCUAAUAAAUCAGGAAUGAAAAAUGAAAAAACAAACAGUGAAGACAGUUGUCCCCAGGAGAAGGUUAAUGCAGCAGGACCACAGUUUGUGAGUGGUGUGAUUGUGAAGAUCAUUAGUACUGAGCCUCUACCUGGCAGGAAACAAGUCAGGGAUACUUUGGCAGCAAUCUCAGAAGUUGUUUAUGUUGAUUUGCUGGAAGGAGACACAGAAUGCCAUGCUAGAUUUAAAACUCCCAAGGAUGCUCAAGCAGUAAUAAAUGCAUAUAUGGAAAUAAAAAAGAAACACUGCUGGAAAUUGGAGAUUCUUUCUGGUGAUCAUGAACAGAGAUACUGGCAGAAGAUUUUGGUAGAUAGGCAGGCCAAACUUAAUCAGCCGCGUGAAAAGAAAAGAGGUACUGAGAAGUUAAUCACCAAAGCUGAAAAAAUUAGACUCGCAAAGACUCAACAAGCAAGCAAACACAUUAGAUUUUCUGAAUAUGAUUGAAAAAGUUUUGUUCACCACUUAAGGAAUAUCACAGAGUGGCAGAAAGCCUUCCCAGAACUGAACCUCCAGGGCGUGUACGUGACUGGCAUCUUAAUCUCUCAUCAGGAUAUCAAGAAGGUACUCGACAGCCAUGGGGUUCAUCUUCUUGGCUACAAACCCGUCCCUAGUUCUGUCAGCUUUGUCCAGCAGUUGGAACAUCAUUUGACUGUCCCUUUAUGCACUGUAGGAAGCAAACAAUCAAGAAUCUAUUUGCUUCUAUGGGCCAGAGCUUUGAGGAGAUUGGCUACAUCACUGGUUGGGGUGGCAGCAACUUACUACUACCAAAAAUAGGUAUCCUGGCAAGUUGCCACUGACAUACUAGUUUUUUUCUCUCCAUAAAGGAAAGCUAGCAUACACACUCACGGAGGAAAAGAAUGAUCAAUACAUAGUUGCUAAACCCUAUUAGGAGGAUUCUGAGGAAAUAUGCUCCAGUUGAUCCAGAAUAAUCAAAAGAGGGCGUAUGUUUCAAGAAUUCAGUGAAUUUCAAGGAGAAUUGUCAUAAGGUGACUUUGGAGAGGUUAUCUAGUAAAAUUUCAGAAAUUCUCCCCUUGGCAAUCUAUAGAACAAGAUAAGCACUCAUUCAACAAGUUAUCUGUGUUAGACACUGUUGUAGUACCUGGAAGACAUGAGUGAAGCACAUCAGGGAUCAUUCUCUACAGGAGAGAGAGACAAACAAAAGUAAGUAAAAAAAUUACACAAUUUGUUAGAUAAAUCCUAGGGACAAUCAAAAAAAGGUGGUGGAGGAGAAAACCCCAUUUAUUAAUCUAUGUAUUCUUACUUAAUCAAGGGAAUGCUUAUUUAUUUACCCCUGCUACAUAUCAGAGCUGAAAACUAUAGACAUUAGAGAUACCAAGAAAAGGUAAGGGCUCCUGCCCUUGAGGAAUUUACCACUUUGGGGAAGACAGGCAAGUCAACAUAAAAUUGCAGUACAAUGCAAGUGACUUGACAAGUUAAACCAGAUGAUAUGAGAUGGGUUCCUGACAUCAUAAUUCUGCAUGACCUUUCAAGAUCCCUAACCUUUCACCCUCUGGGUAAGUGUAUUCCUUCCAUUAUCCAAUAGUUAGCACAUAGUAAUUGCUUACCAAAUAUUUGUUUAAUUGAGCUAAAUUGAACAGUGUGCUUGAGGAUGGUCCCCAAGGUCAUGUGUUGAUUUAGUUGUAUAAAUGAUAUUUUCAUUUCAAGUUGCUGAUUCUCAAUAUUCACAUUCCUUUUUUUUUAAAGUACCUACUUCGGACCUGCCAGUGUGCAUGCAUAUCAGUGGAGUUUGCUUCCUUUAACUGCAACACUUAAUUUUAUAUAAGCACCUUGCUCAAUAUCACUUUCACGUAUGCUGUACACCAGAGAUUGACACAACAUUAUAAACUGACUAUACUUCAAUAAACAUGUGUGUGUGUGUGUAUAUAUAUGUAUACAUGAAUGAAUGUAUACAUAUACAAUGAAUAAACAAAUGCCAAA